AUGGCGGACACUGUCGACAAAGCCGUGCUCAAGCAAGUGCAGAUCGCGCUACAGAAUGCCGAUGUUGAGCUUCAAGACAUUAAUAAGAAAAUAUGGUCCAAUCCAGAAUUGGCCUACAACGAAUAUAUGGCUCACGACAACAUCUGCGCAAUGUUUGAAAACUUGGCCACUGCACGAUCCAUGAACUAUCAGAUUCGCCGCAAAACAUACCAACUCGACACAUCCUUUGAGAUUGAAUACAGAAAGGGGAAUGGGGGUCGAAUCGUCGUCUUCAAUGCGGAGUACGAUGCGUUACCAGGCAUCGGCCACGCCUGCGGCCACAAUUUGAUCGCUACGAGCUCAAUCGCGGCCUAUAUUGCUACUGUAGAGGCUCUAGAAGCGCUUGAUACUUCUUCGCUACCCGGAUACACCGUGCGACUACUCGGCACUCCGGCCGAGGAAGGUGGUGGCGGAAAAUUGAAGCUCAUCGAGGCCGGAGCAUACAAAGGUGUCGAUGCAUGUCUCAUGGUUCAUCCAGUUACGCAGGGAAACAACGACGAAUCCAUUCCCAGCAUUCACAUUGCAGGGCCCGAGUCUUUGCUUGCUAACAACAAAAUCAAGAUUAACUAUACUGGCUCUACCGCUCAUGCAGCUGGAGCUCCUUGGGAGGGUAUCAAUGCGCUCGAUGCAGUGGUAUCUGCGUAUGUCAAUAUUUCGCUUCUAAGGCAGCAGAUUCUACCCUCGCAAAGAGUGCAUGGAGUUAUUGCCAAUGGCGGCGAAAGGCCGAAUGUGAUUCCGGGCUCGGCGAGCCUGCAUUACUACAUUCGGUCGCCGGAUACAAAGUCAUUGAACACGCUCACGGAUCGAGUGUUCAAAUGCUUUGAGGGUGCUGCAACAGCAACAGGUUGUAAAGUCGAGUUUGAAUGGAUCAACAACUAUCAGGAACUGAAGAACAAUAAGCCCAUUUGCGAAGCUUACAUGGAAACGCUCAAAGCGAUGGGUCAUAAUUGUGUCCUCAGCGAUCGUGAGGUCAAGGGUUCCCUAGAUGGCGCCUCCACCGAUAUGGGGAACGUCAUGCACCAAGUCCCCGGAUUCCAUGCCCUCUUUCAAAUUCCGACAGAAGACGGAGCUGGAAACCAUACUCACGGCUUCACAGCUGGAGCUGGUUCAUCCGAGGGUUACCGGAGAAGUAUCGUUUGUGCAACUGCAACCGACAUUCCCUUCAAAAACGAGAAUGCAUUUGCACAGGGCAGGCCUCGGCGCCCCCGGAAACGGAUUGGGAUUGUCACUAAACCACAAUCCGGAAACUUUUCGACAUACAAGGAGCCAACACCUUUGAACUUACAGAGGGUCGACUUUCCUAUAGAAAUUUAUGCUUUUCAGUAUUGGAUUGAGAACCUUGCGUCAUGGCCGGAAGAUCUUUUCGACGUUGGGCAAGAAUAUGGAGCUGGUGCGCGGUACCAUUCGCGUUGUGUGGAUGAAACGAAAUCCAGUCUUCAUCUCGCCGUAUCUGCGUUUUCGCUUGCUAUUUUUGGGCGAGCUAAUAACGCGUAUGAGAUCCUUCAGCGUGCUGAGAAGAAUUACGCUCGAAGUAUCACAGAACUAAGAAAAGAGCUCAAAGUGUUGUCAAACAACAUCAUUGAUGAGUUGCUUAUUGCAACCAUGAUACUCAGCAAGUAUGACAAUAUAAUGUACGGCUUUAGAGUACGAAAAAGUCUGAAACCGCUCCCACCUGCCCGAUAUUCAGGUCUGCCACUCCUUGGAUCAUAUGCGUACCAUUACAAAGGUACAGCAAGCCUUUUGCAAGUUCGGCAAGAAAGAGGUUAUACGCAAAAUGUUCCUCUAGAAAAGGCCGUCCGGCGGACUAUAAUAAGAGCACAUCUGCUCUCAGGCGACCCUGUCCCAGAGUGGUUACAGGACGAUACCUACGGCGAACCAGAUCCGGCGCUGGCAUUAGACUAUCUCAUGAUAAAGGCUGCCUCCCUACGGUCAAGGUCAAUCAUUGUCAUAAAUCAGGGCAAUAGAGGAAUGCCUUCAUUUAUCCGACAUGGAGAAGCAUUGAAGAUGGUGCUUGCUGAGGCCCAAAUGUUAGACCGUCUGUUUGCGGAAUGGGCUGAAAAUAUUCCACAAAGUUAUAAAUUUAUAACUCAUAAAAUUCCCCAACACAACGACAAGAAAGUCCCUCUUGAGCAUCAUAAUCUUUUCUUUGACCGAAUGUUUCAUUCUUAUGCUACUCAUGGACACGCAGUCGUAUGGCACCGAUAUCGCGCUGUCCGACUCCUUAUCAACAGCAUUGAGAUGGAUUUAUUAUCUCAAGUCGCUCAAUACCGACCCGAGAACCCAGGCAAGUAUCUGGAACUGUCAAAGGUAUGUCAGGAGACUAUUAAUAAUCUUAUCACCGAUCUAUGCCGUGGUAUCCCUUUCUUUUACCUCCUCAACUCCUGCUUGAAUCACGGCCAGCGACACACCGAGCGAGCUGUGGAGCUAGAUGAUUCGAUGACUAUCAUCUCGUCACAAUUUCCUCCGCUUAUGAUGGCGGUACUACUGGCAUGGCCUAUUACUAUUGCUGUUGGUAUUGAAGGCGUGCCUCCGGACCAGAUGGAAUGGUUGAAAUCUAGGCUUCAAGCAGUCACUCAGAUGGUUGGGUCACCGAUGCUUCAAGUUACCAGGAAAUAA